AUUUCAGCAACCACAACGCCGUGACCAAAAAGCCUCCAUCUUUCAAUCUCCAGUUAUCUUCUUCUCUUUCGUCUAUUCCAGCUUUUUAGUUGAUUCUUCAGUGACCCAUGAAUUCAAUAUGCAUUGCAUAGAUAUAUCUAAUGUAAUAUGAUUUGGGUUCAGAAGGGUAUAUGGUUUCGUGAUCAAGUUCGUGCCAGGUCUUAUUCCAAGUAGAUUUUUAGGGUUUUUGUUGCCUCCAAUCGAAUUCAUUAACGAGUUGAUUUGUAUCUACAUUCUGGGCAAAAUGUCGGAUGACAUGCUUCUGCAUUUCUCUUCGAACAAUUCAAGUCAGUCUGAUCACUCUCAGGCUUCUAAGAUGAGGAAGCUCGAAGCUCGGUUGAUCGGUAAAUCUCCUUCCAUAUCUACUAAUCAUGGUUCAUCGCCGUCUGUGGCAAGACUUGGGGUUGAUGCUCAAGGAUUCUCCGAGCAAUCACUUUCUAGCGAUUCUGAUGAUGAUAAUGGAGAGGAAUAUCAUAUUCGGGCAAACGUUCAGAAGCGCAAGAAUCCUGAUGAAGAUGAGAAUAUGUCUUCCUUUGAAGAUAUUGAGGUUGCAGUUGGCAUGGGGCAAGCUACUACGGAGAGCUUGAGCAAGACAGGAAGUGAAGGAAAUAGGAAAAGACAAAGCCGCGGGAGGGGAAAUAGCACAACUGGUAGGGGUCGUGGUGCCAGAGCUAAUGGUCAGAUGAAAACACAAAAUUCUUCAGCAGUUGUCAUGUCUUUAAAUGGACAGCUUGAGAAUGCAUAUUACAAGGAUGUCUGUUCAAAAGAGCGAGUUGGUGGUGAUAAUGCCUCUUUACUAGAGGUGGAAGUUGUCUCUUUACGUGCAAAAACUACAGCACUAGAGGAGAAACUGAAGAGAUCAUGCCAAGAGGCAUCUGAGUAUCAGCAACAAAUCCACCAACUAGAAAGGGAGCUCAAGGACAUUAAAGAUUAUGAGCAACAAACGAAGCCGAAGAGAACAAAAAUAUUAUCUGAUCUAUUGAUAUCUGUUUCAAAAUCUGAGAGACAAGAAGCAAGGUUGAAAGUAAGGCAAGAUUCUUUGAGGCUUGGCAAUGUAGGUGUGAUCAGAGCUGGAACAAUCAUAUCUGAGACAUGGGAAGAUGGUCCGGCACUUAAAGAUCUUAAUACUCACCUUAAACAAUUGUUGGAAAUGAAAGAAGCUGUUGAGCGUCAGCGAAAAUCAUUGAAGAAACGACAGUCAGACAAGAGUGAAGGGCCAGAUGUAGAAUCAGGGUCUCAAGAGGAAGAUUUUCUUGUCCAAGAUGAAAUAUACAAAUCUCGCCUUGCAAGCAUCAAACGCGAGGAAGAUACCAUAUUUCGUGAAAGGGAUCGUUAUGAUUUGGAGAAGACAAGACUUAUCCGAGAAAUGAAACGCAUACGAGAUGAAGAUGGUUCUCGUUUCAAUAGUUUCCCUAUUUUGAACAAUCGAUAUGCCCUGCUGAAUCUUCUUGGAAAAGGAGGAUUUAGUGAAGUCUACAAGGCCUAUGAUUUGGUAGAGCAGAGAUAUGUCGCAUGUAAGCUUCAUGGUCUGAAUGCUCAAUGGAGUGAGGAGAAAAAGCAAAGUUACAUGCGACAUGCAAUUCGGGAGUACAAUAUUCACAAGACUUUGGUGCAUAAUCACAUCGUUCGGCUCUGGGACAUUUUUGAAAUUGACCAAAAUGCAUUCUGUACCAUCCUGGAGUACUGCAGUGGCAAAGAUCUUGAUGCUGUUCUUAAAGCAACACCUGUUUUGCCGGAGAGAGAAGCUCGGAUAAUCAUUGUUCAAAUUUUCCAGGGCCUUGUUUACUUGAAUAAAAGAACACAAAAGAUCAUCCAUUAUGAUUUGAAGCCUGGAAAUGUUUUGUUUGAUAUGUAUGGUGUGGCUAAAGUUACCGAUUUUGGCCUUAGCAAGAUAGUGGAGGAUGAUGUUGGAUCUCAAGGCAUGGAACUCACUUCUCAGGGUGCUGGAACAUAUUGGUAUCUGCCUCCAGAAUGUUUUGAAUUAUACAAGACUCCACUAAUAUCAUCAAAGGUUGAUGUUUGGUCAGCUGGUGUUCUACUAUACCAGAUGCUAUUCGGCAAACGUCCUUUUGGACAUGACCAAACUCAGGAGAGAAUAUUACGCGAAGACACCAUCAUAAAAGCUAGGAAAGUGGAUUUUCCCACAAGACCGUCUGUGUCAAAUGAGGCGAAAGAAUUUAUUAGGCGAUGUCUAUCUUACAACCAGGCAGAUAGACCAGAUGUUUUGACCAUUGCCCAAGAUCCAUACAUUACUUAUGCAAAGAAGUAGUAAACAGCCAGUAUUGUUACAUAAUUGACCUUUUUUUUAAAAAGGUGAACAAAAUAAAACGAUGAUAGUUUAUAUAUACAUAUAUGUAAGCUGUGUUACUUGUAGCCUUUGUUCUAUCCUCCUGCAUUCUUUCACCUAGAAAUUUGGUGUUGAAUUUUGCAGCGUGGUUUGUACUUUGACGAGACAGGGAAAUCGGAUUUCUAGUUUGUUGUUUGUUUGUAUAGAUUUGAUUGAGGUUGUGUGGUUUUCUUUAUAAUGUUUCUCAAAUUCAAAUUAAAACUUUAAUGACAUUUCUUGACAUUAUUUAUUGUGUUAGUUUAUUAUAUGAUUCAAAUUAUGUCUU